AUGGGCACAGAUUCCUUGCGGAUACCCGUCAACCUGUUGGUGGGUGUUACGGUACUACGGCUGGAGCACCUGAAGCUGACUGAUGCCACACAGGAUUUGUCACAGGUACAGGAACUGAUAUGUCAAGGUAGCCACAUCACCCAGAUUCAUAACGAUGUAUGGAACGCUUUACCCGCUCUCAGGACGGCACUGCUGCAGAAAAAUAAACUCAGAUCCUUCCCCACCGAAUGCCUAGAACACUGCUCCAAGAUUAUCUAUCUCAAUCUCGACCAUAAUAAGAUCUCAACCAUACCCACGAUUCACACUACCUCUCUACUAACCUUAUCUCUCGCAUACAAUCAACUAACAUGCAUACCCUCCUCUUUACUUCAACCGACUUCGUUGAUCAAACUUACACUCGAUUACAACGCCAUAACCAUUAUUCCUUCGGAAGUAUCGAACUGGAAAUCAAUGGAGAGAUUGAGUCUUCUACACACACGCUAUCCUUUGCCACUUAUUAGCACGUACUUAUUAGCACAUACUUAUUAG